CACUGUGCAUGGCUGGUUGGCCCUGGUUGACAAUCUCGGCUAUAUCCUGUGGAUUCUGCAACUGGCAAAAUUGCGACCCUUCUUAUUGUUGGAGUUCUCUAGGACAAAGACCCCAUACGGCCAAGUGAUUCCCCCGCCUCACUCUCGACUUGCCUUGUCACCGUGCGGCCUCUGUCUUUGAUCUUCGUUAACUCUGUUCCUGGACUCAAACUAAACGUAUCAACAACCCUCCCGGGUCCCAGGAGACUGUCUCGACCUCCAGUGACGGCGAUUGAGUUCGCCGCACACACCAUGGCUUCUCACACUAAAAAGGAUGAUUACUGCCUCGAGUGCCAUUGGGAGUCUUUCCAUAUAGACGGCAAAGAGUCGGAGAACCAGUCCGAUGCCCCCGCGGCAUCUAAGUGGAAUUGCCCCGACGAGGAACAUCAUCCCUCGCUCGAUCACUGUCAUGUCGACGACGCCUGCUGCGAAAUGGACGACUGCUCCAUCAACUGUCCCUCGGUUUGCGACGGGUUCGUGGAAUGCCAUGACACUACUUGUAAUGACACUCACUGCCCUGACUCCUGUGAUGAUACGCAUUGCGAGAGCGCCGAGCCCCUUUGCUUUGAUGAGCACUGCUUUGGCGAGAAUCGCAACAAUGCAGCUAUUCCCGACCAUACUCUUGAGUCCCUAUUAGGGCUAGGAGGGUCCAUUAACUUAGGGUCCACUGAUUUCCUUUCAGCGUGCUCAGUUGAACAAUCACAGGAAGACCAGUUGCCCAAAGCAGCGGGCAAUGCCACCUCGGAGAUGAUAGCACCUCAGUCUUCGAUGGACUCUCUCUUUCCGCUGCACUCGAUUCCUGUCGCCCAUUGCCAUUCUCACAGUUUCCCUCAUUUUCACUUCCAUGACUCGUCCAAAGAAACACCCAGUAAUUUAAUAAAUCAACAAUUUCCGGCACAGAACGGUGUCAACCCGGCAGAUGUAUUCCACAUGUUGGGGAUGUGUCCGGACCUUUCUACUUGUCAAGACUUUCAUGUGCACGAAGACACGAAUCAAAACAGUCUAGUCAAACCGACUGCCGAGUCUGGUUCUAAUCCAUUCGCCUGUUUUCACAUACCGCCUAAUGUUAAUCUGAACGAUCUCAUGAAGAGCCCGGUACACAUUCACAGUAAUCCUGCGAGGGGUCCUUCUCGCACGCAUCACCGGUGUCGCGUCCAUAACCAUGCCCAUAUGCAUCCGUACGGUCAUUACUCUCCAUAUUCCCGCCAGUCUCGAUCCAGCGUGAGCUCGCAGUUGAUGUCCAGCCCCGGCGAGACGCCUCCUCCGCUAGAAGGUGGGACGUCGUCCGUCCUGACGAGCCCGGUGACUUCGUCUGAGAACGAAUUCCAUAUUUGCAAGUGGACUAUCACAUCGGGAGAGUUCAAGACCACCUGCGGUGCGGAAUUCUCUGACCCUUGCGCUCUUCAGGAGCAUCUGAUCGCGAAACACAUGUCAACUAUCAAUGGAGUCAAGGGCACCGGAUAUUACUGUUGCUGGGAGGGCUGUCACCGUCCGGACGAACCGUUCUCGCAGAAGUCGAAACUUCAAGGCCAUUUCCUGACCCAUAGUAACUACAAAAAUUUCAAGUGUUCGGUUUGUGGGAAGUUCUUCGCUCGACAGGCUACGUUGGAACGCCACGAACGAAGCCACCGGGGCGAGAAGCCAUACAAGUGCUCUGAAUGCGGGAAGUCCUUUACUGACAGCAGUGAACUGAAAACGCACUCACGGACCCAUACCGGCGAGAAGCCGUUCAAGUGUACUUUCCCAGGAUGUAACUUCCAGACCGGCGACUCAUCGAACAUGUCCAGUCAUCGCUUGAGUAUGUUAGAUAACCGCCUCUGUAUGCUAUGAUACUAAUAGACACAGCACACGGUGAACGGAAACAUAAAUGCAUCUACCCCGGAUGCACCAAGAGCUUUACUAGGCCCGGUUUGUUCCACACGACAGUCACCGGGUUAGCCAAUGCUGACCUUUCUAGACCAACUGAAGCGACACAUGAGAUCGACCCAUAAACAUGA